ACGACUGUGCUGUCUUAAGCCCGGGUGCCUUUCUUGGUGGAGCGCCGAGCUUUAUUUUUUUUUUUUGUAUUUACAACAAAAUUACCGAAAGUCUUUCAGUCUUCGGUCGCCACGACAGACAGAAGCACAGACGACGUGUCACUUUUUUUGUGGCGCGUAGCUUGGCCAGGGGGGACACCUGUGCGCCUCUCCUGUGGUCACAUCAUGCAUGUUGAGCAGAGAGCGGAUAACCCUGAGGUGCGGCGUCUGUCUUCAUUUGUGUGAGAGAAGGAGCAGUGCAAACAUCUCACAGCCAGACAGCAUGCAUGGAGGGGCCAUCCCUUGCCAAGUGCUGAAAUGUUAGGACUGGAGACCGAGAAUCAGCAGGCUGUUUACAUUCGAGGGACGGCAGCAAGAGCUGCUUGACACAAGACCGCGUGUGUGGUUUGAUGCUGCUUCCUAAUUAUUUUCUAUCAACACCCCCCCGCCCCCCUCUGUGAGAUUCAGCUUUGUGCAGCAGAGCCCAGAUGGAGUGGUCACUAGAAAGUGUGAGGGAGAUGGUGGCCGGAGGGAUGCAGUCAGUGAGAGAGUGUGAGAUUUGUGCUUUUGCCACAGUGGCGUGUGUGUUGCUGCUGUUUUUGUGGUACUGCUACAGGGUGGGCCGGGAGCAUGGCUCUAGCCCGCUGCGAGGAAGGUAUCUGACUGGGCCCGGCAGGAUUGGAGGAGUGGUAGGGGGCUUCAUUGGCUCAGACUGUCGUAACAGAAAAGGGAAGCAUGGUUCAUUGUUAGAAGAGCAGAAUGGUUUCGCUUUCUGCCAGUCAUCCGAGUGUUUUCGCUGCACCAGUGCAGGAGAAAGUCUGAACCAGAGGCUCUAUCACAGCCUACAGGAGUACGCUAAACGCUACACAUGGUCAGGCAUGGGCAGGGUGCACAAAGGAGUCCGUGACCAAGGCCGAUACCUUAACAGCCGCCCGACCAUCCAGCGGCCAGAGGUCUUUUUCCUCCCUGACCUUCCGUCGGCUCCUUUCUUCUCCAGGGAAGUCCAGAGACAUGACGUGGAGCUACUGGAGCAAAGUUUCCCUGUCCUUCUGGCGGAGUUUGAGAGCAUCUACAACCAACCUCCGGCCCGCAGCGGCUCCUCCUUGCCACCAGGGUGGAAAGUCAAUGGCACACCUCGUGGCCAGUGGUGGACCUACUACCUGGUCAACCAAGGCACCCCUCUGGUUCUCAAUGUCAGGAGGUGUCCACGGGCCUGGAGAGUGCUGGGCCAGCUGCGCACUUUCAUCUCCAACAACGUGUUCGGAAAUGCCUGUUUCUCCGUGCUGUCACCGGGAGCUCUCAUCACUGAACAUUACGGUCCGACAAACGUGCGGCUACGCUGCCACCUGGGUCUGAGAGUGCCCCCCUCCUGUGAGCUUGUGGUUGGUGGAGAGCCACAGUGCUGGUCUGAGGGCAGCUGUCUGCUCUUUGAUGACUCUUUCCUCCACAGGGCCUUCCACGAGGGGGUUGCAGAGGAUGGCCCCAGGGUGGUCUUCAUGGUGGACCUCUGGCACCCGAAUGUGGCCGCCGCUGAGAGACAAGCCUUAGACUACAUUUUCACCCCAGGCCGCUUAGAGGAGAAGGAAGGGAAAUAGGUGCACAUAUGCGAGGAAUAAUUGGGAUCAGACAGCCAGCUCUAACAUUCACUGUGUGCUUGCUUUUUCCCCCCUAUCUCUCAGAACUCGACUGAAAAGCUGCGCAAGUAUUGGCCUUUUUUUUUUUUUGUCAGCCAUGGCUUUGUUCAACACAACCACACUUAAGAGCACACUUUAAUAUUUGGGUGCAUGACCGAUCAUGCUUAUUUUGAAACAUCAAAUUAUUAAACGGCGGCUUUCUUUGUCGGAACCCAAUCACUCAGUUUGGCUAUGAGUCGAGUCAUUGAAUGCACAAGUGGGAUAAUAUUGCAUUUGACCAGUGGUAUUUCUGUUAUCAUGUGUGUGUGAUAACAGGGGUUCGGUGUCAGUCGUGACAUGAAUGUUUACAGAGCUUCUGCAGCUGCUAGUGUGGUGACUUUAUUCUGCUCCCCUCACUGCUGUGCUCCUGGUUGAAUAAGCACAUUUGUGGUCGGAUAUGAGUUCCCCUGUGCAGAAGCAAUGGAGAUGAAGCGUUUGUGUUAAAUUUGCUAAACUCUUGUAAUUUGUUUGUAUUUGAUAUUACCUUUCUACACCUGUAAAUAUGUGAGGGUUAAUGUUGAACUGAAAAAAAAAUGGUCCGACGUGUUUUAAAUUCUAAUAUCUAUGGUGUUGUCUUGAGUUACAGUGAAUACGUUUAAUUUGCUGAUCCUGCAAUAUACUUGCAAAGUACACAUUCUUGUUCUGUGAUACUUUCAUUUUGUUAUGCAUGGCCUCAAAACAGCCAUUACAAGUCUAAUCCAUUCGUCACUGAUACAGUAUACAGUAUGUGUGCCCAUUUUGUUGCUCAUCAAAGAAAUCUCAAGCAUCUUUAUGAAAUGCCUAUCAGUUCUGAUGUUUACAAAAUCUAAGAACACUGGCACUGAUGUUGCGUUGCGUGUAUUAGAUAUUUGAUUUAUGACUGUUGGUAACUAAUGUUAUGAAGAAGUUUGUUGUGUUUUUUUUUUUACACUUGAUUAUGAGACGUUUUGUUUACAUUUGGGUAGGGGAUUUGUCCUUUACGGCAAAAAAGACACCUUGCUUGUGAAGAGGCAAGAGCGGCCUCUGCUGUUUGAAUUGGUAAUUACAGGACACAGGUGCCUAAUGGAAGGGAAUUGUGAAGAGAAAGUACUUUGACAAAAAGAGAUGACGUUUUCGUCUUAAUGUUUCUCACAUGCUGUAGUGCAGCAGUCUGGUUCGCUGAUGGAUAAUGUGUUGUCUCAUCGGACUGAGCUGGAGAAUGCACGUGUGAGCAUAAACACAUAAGUGACAGUGCCUUCAAAAGUCUUGACAAGCAACUUUUGAAAAUCGAGUAUGUCUUCUGAUGUGUCGUUGUUUUAGCCAAUAAAAGUUUGGUGCGCAGAGUGGCAAUAUAAACCAUGCGUGAACCAUCCACAUUGUUUCUUAAUGCUGUUUUACUGAAGAUAUUUAUAUUAUGUUGCUUCCUUGUGUGGAUUUUUAAUCGUAUUUAAUAAAUGGGUGAAGAACAUUAUUUAACCCAGUGUUGCCGGA